AUGAAGGCCAAUCAUGUUGAGACCCAGGCGGAGGUUCCUGCUGAUCCAGGCUCUCACCAGCAUAUCGUCCUUUACUGUCCUCCUGAGGGUGUCUGGAGCUACAGUGCUGUGUGCUCUGGGCCGCCAGCUGGGGCACCACCGACUCCUGCUGUCCAGGGCUCCCGGUGGACUCUCUGAGGCACUGAUGUGGAAUCUUCCCCAUUUGGUGCACCAAAAGCAACCUCACGCGGUGUGGGCUGAUGUGAAGAGCUGCCAGAUCCAACAGAGCCUGAGCUGAGUCCACACCCUGGAAGCCAAGAACCGAGGGAUCAGUUGGAAGAAAGUCAGCAGGUUUUGGAAAAGAGAAUAACCUGCAAAGGACAAGUCAAUGCUAGAACAGAAAUUGGAUUGGAGCCCGAGCUGAGUCUACAUGCUGGGAUCCCAGAGCUGAGGGAACAGGUGGAAGAAAGAAAGUCAGCAGAGUCUGAGCUGCAGACAGCGCCUUCAGUUCUCAGCUCAAGCAUUGCGAACCUUGUUUUUGUGGUUAAGGACCCUAAAGUACUCAUGGUGGCAUCCUGCAAGAUGUGUUCCGGGAAGACGGCAGAGACGAACUUUCCAAAUACCAUCGAGAAUUCCUACUCCCAGCAGGAAGAGACCAAGCAGAAUAUCAGAGUCAGCAAAAAUAGACUUCUUAUGAGCCAGGUGGCCUACUUCCUGAACUACCAGCUGAAGACAUACAUCCCUGGCUUUUUGUGUUCUGCCCCAAAUGUCAGCAUGGUGGCAUCUGACAGGCCUCCUUCCAGAACAAACACAGAGGUGAACGUUCCAGAAGGCAUUGAGAAAUCCUGCUGCCAACAGGAAGAAAACAAACCGACUUUCGGAGCCAGCAAAAAUAGACUUCUUAUGAGUCAGGUGGCCUACUUCCUGAACUACCGGCUGAAGACAUACAAUGAUCGAAAAGAUCACAAUGAAGAACAGAAAUGCAGAGACAGCAAAAAUAAACUUAUGAGUCAAGUGGCCUACCAUCUGGGCUGCCGGCUGAAGACGGAAGUCCCUGGCCUUCUGUGUUCUGCCCCAAACAUCAGCAAGGUGGCAUCUGACAGGCCUCCUUCCAGAAAAAACACAGAGUUGAACGUUCCAGAAGGCAUUGAGAAAUCCUUCUUCGAACAGGAAGAUAACAAACCGAAUAUUGGAGUCAGCAAAAAUAGACUUCUUAUGAGUCCGGUGGACUACUCCCUGAACUAUCGGCUGAAGACAUACAAAGAUCGAAAAGAUCAUGAAGAGGAACAGAAAUACAAAGGCAGCAAAAAUAAACUUCUUAUGAGUCAAGCAGCCUACUACCCAGGCUGCCAGCUGAAGACAGAAGAAGAUCAGAAAUGUCACAAGGAGGAACAGAAACAGAGAGACAGCAAAAAUGAACUUCUUACGAGUCAAGUGGCCCACUACCUGGGCUGCAGGCUGAAGAUGGAAAAAGAUCUGAAACGUCAUGAGGAGGAACAGAGAUACAAAGACAGCAAAAAUAAACUUCUUACCAGUCAAGUGGCCCACUACCCCGGCUGCAGGCUGAAGACAGAAAAAAACGAUGAAGAUGAAGAUGUUCAUGUUGUGGAGGCUGAGAAAAUACAGGAAUCACGUGCCCCCAGGGAGGUGCAGAAGAUUGAAGUCAAGAAAGUCCUUGAGGACUCACUGGAGAAAUGUGUCAUCACUCUUUCAAAUAGCUAUGGCCCUACUGACUCCAGCCAGCCUCAUAGAGACACCAAUGAAAUCACAUUUGAGGAAGAGAAUGUCAACUCUGCGCUGGUUGUAGAGAAUGAAUCAUCUCAUGAUGUGGUGGAGGAUGCUCUAAUCAUUCUUUCAGACAGACAAAGUGAUGAUGAGGAAGAGGAAGAAAGAGGGCCAGUGCCUCCCAAGGAUCUGCAGGAGUCUGCGGAGGAGGAAGCCCCCCAGGAGUCCUGUGAUGAAGGUUAUUUGACUCUCUCAAUUCCUCCUGGCACAUCUGCCUUCAAUGAGUCUUACAGGAGCAACUUGCACUCAGAGGAGCAGCAAGUCAACGUGGCUGUCGACAUAGGCAAGAUUAAAAAGGACCAAGAGGAAGAAGACCGAGGCUCACUGUGCCCCAGGCUCAGCAUGGAGCUGGUGGAAGCAGAAGAGCCUGAAGUCUUCUGGUACUCACUGGAUAUAUUGUGUUCAACAUAUACAGCAUAUCUUGAGUUUUAUUACACAUGCCAGGCUUACACAUAUCCAUUUUUUUUAUUUGUAGAAGAGCAUGUUCGCUUGACUUUGGACAUGGAUAGUAGGUUUCUUACUAUGACAGUGAUAAGACUCCACCUGGUCUCCCGGAUAGGGGUCAUAUUCCCACACUAAGACAACAUGUCACAUGGGACUCUGCCGGUGCAGAGUGUGAACAACACCAUGUUCUUGCUGAAAACGCUUAGCCUGACUUUCAUAGCCCAAGGUAAUCUCCAGACAACUUCAGAAUGUAGAACAGUGAGCAGCACUACUGACCUGUCUCCUUCAGACAGCCCAUGUCACCACAAAUCACACAACUAAAAGGAGAAGAGGCAUUUUGGGUUGAAAAAGAGUAAAAAGAUAAUGUAGCCACAUUUCUUUAGUUCUUUUGAAUCCAAAGUGUCUCCUCAUCUUUUUGUUGUUGUUGAUGGUGGUGGUGACAUGGGCUUGUUUGCAGAGGACAGGUCAGCUGUCUGGCUCAAUGGUCUGUACUCUGAAGUUGUCUGAAAAUGUCCUCAUGAUUAAAUUCAGCCUAAGCGUUUUUCCGGGAACACUGCAGGGUCAAUGCUACCUCACCCAUCUGCAGGUAGAGACGGUCCCAUGUGUCUACCACCAUGAUCAUGAUAACAGGACUGUUGCACCAUUUGUCUAUCACCAUGAUCGUGAUACCGGGACUGUUCCAUCAUUUGCCUAUCACCAUGAUCGUGAUACCAGGACUGUUCCACCAUCUGUCUAUCACCAUGAUCAUGAUACCAGGACUGUUCCACCAUCUGUCUAUCACCAUGAUCGUGAUACCAGGACUGUUCCACCAUUUGUCUAUCACCAUGAUUGUGAU